AGGCAGGAGUUGUGGGUGUCUCUGAGAGGGAAAAAUGGCUAGUGCGUCAGUGUUGGAGGAGUUAAGCUGUUCUAUAUGUCUGGAUCUACUGAAGGACCCAGUGACUGUUUCCUGUGGACACAGUUUCUGUUUGAACUGCAUUACAGGCUGCUGGGAUCAAGAAGAGCAGAAGGGUGUUUACAGCUGCCCCCAGUGCAGACAGACCUUCACUCCAAGGCCUGUUCUACGCAGAAACACAAUGCUGACUGAAGUUAUAGAGAAGCUGAAGAAGACCGAACUCCGAUCUGAUAUCAAAGUUUCUUCUAAUGCUAAACCAGGUGAUGUGGAGUGUGAUUUCUGCACUGGGAGAAAACAUAAAGCCAUCAAGUCGUGUCUAACAUGUCUGGUUUCCUAUUGUGAGGUUCAUAUUCAGCCUCACUAUGAAGUGCCUCGCUUUAGCAAGCACAAACUGGUGAAUGCCACCUCACAGCUACAGGAGAAGAUCUGCUCUCAGCACAACAGGAUCAUUGAGGGGUUUUGUCGUACAGACCAGCAGUUAAUCUAUAUGAUGUGUUCUAUGGAUGAUCAUAAUGGACAUAAAACCGUCUCGGCAGCAGCAGAACGGACUGAGAAGCAGAAAACAUUGUUGAAGAUGAAGGGGAAUAACCGGAAGCAACUCCAUCAGAAGGAGAAGGAGAUGGAGGAGAUGAAACGGGCUCUGGAGACUCUGCAGGCCUCUGCACAGGAAGCUGUUGAGGACUCUGAGUGGUUGUUCACUGAGCUGAUCAGCUUCAUGGAGCAAAAGCGCUCUGAGGUGACCGAGUCGAUCAGAGCCCAGGAGAGGGCAGAGGUGAGUCGAGCUGAAGGACUCCUGGAGCAGCUGGAGUUGGAGAUCACUAAACUGAAGAGCAGUAAUGCUGAGAUGGAGAAACUUCAGCCAAUAGAGGACCCUGUUGAUUACCUCCAGGUUUCAGGAUUGGGGACAAAGUCCGAGUGAAGGCUUCUGUUAAAAAUGCAACGUACGGCUGGGGAGGCCUCAAUCGCCAAAGUGUGGGUGUAGUCAAAUCUCUGGAUUCAGAGUCCAUCUUUGUCAACUUUCCUGGCAACAGUAACUGGCAUGCAGACCCCUCUCAGAUGGAGCUGGUCUAAUGCAUGCCAUGGUGUUGUACUGAUCAUGACCUGAGAUUUUAUGAGCUUUAAUUUGAAGAACAAGAUAAACAUGCCGAAAAUGCCUGUGUAUGUUUUCCAGCCACAUGGUUAGGCCUUUUAAAAUGUAUUUGCCAUAUUUUUUCAGCUAUUUGCACUCAUUAAAGAUCUUUAAACACAUGUAUGACCGUGAUGAAAAGACAAUAAUUGG